AUGAUCGGCUUCUCCUCCGUUGUCACUGCAUCUCUCGCAGUUCUGUUGACUUCGCGUCAAGUUUUUGCCACCCCAUCUCCCCUCGAGCCGUCAUCUCUGCACGGUCUGCUCGCUCGCCAGUUCGAUGGUGAACUCGAUAGCAGCGAGAUCCCUGAGCAAUGCAAACCCGCGUGCUCAUCAAUUUACGACGCGAUAGCCAAAUGUACCAGCGUCGAUUGUAUCUGCACCGACAAGAACGCUGGACAGAUCACCUCUUGUCUGGCUUGCGCCGUUGGACUCGAAGGCUCCGAAGUAACAGUCGCCCAGGCCCAAACUGGGGUCGAUCAGUUCAUCGCGAGCUGCAAAGCCGGGGGCGCAGACCUCAAGUCACAAUCUGUCGCCGAUGCGCAGAAGAGCAAUAGCAACGGCGCGUCGCACACCAAACCCGCCUUCAUCGGGGCUGCCCUCGCGAUGUCUGCUCUCUACCUCUUCAACUAA